AUGCCGAUGAAGACACCGCGGAGGACGAGGAGGAGGAACGCGAGGCAGCGCGGCGGCUGCUGCGGGAGCUACUGGGCUGCCCGAGGGCAGGGCCAGAACCCUGAGCAAGCCGAUUCGAAAACAAACGUUGGCUCUGCCCCUCUGGAAGUGGCCCCCAGGCUGUCCUCCUUGGUCGACUUCUCCGUCGGAGCUGUGCAGGAGCAUGCGGAGGUGAACGAGGACAAGCAGAAAGAGAUGGAAGCUGUUCUCGAGAGCCUCAGGCACGUAAAGCAUCUGGACGCCGCCAUGCAGGCUUACAAUCGAUGCUCCUCUCAAAUUACGGCCUCAGCCUCCGCAGGCAUGGUGCAAAGGCUGCGCAUUUCCACAUGCCUGGCGAUGCGAGCGCCAGGCGCAGCGUUGUCGCAGAGCGAGCUGCUGCUAGGCCUGCUUCGGGGUGAAAGCGACGAGCUACUGCGAGGCGAGAUCUUGAAGCUCCUCAGACGUGUCCUUCGACUCCAAGGACCUGAGCAGGUGAAGAAGGCCUUUGAUGCCGGCUGGGAUUGCGUCAGGGAGGAAGGUGCUGACCUGGACCGCGGCGAGCAGAGUCCGAGGGAGACUUCGAUCUGCGCAGCUUGGCUUUGCGCAGAUGCGCUACACGCGCGGCGGAAGAGGUUGGAGCUUGCGCCGACCAGCCCACCUGUGCCAGAGUUGAGGCUCCCCUGUGCCUCCGAGCAGCAGCUGCCUGGAGUGGACCAGAAUGCUUGGAUGCAGGUAGUGGCACGGCUCUGCUCCGAGACCGAUGAGGAGCCCCCUGUGAAGAGGCGGCGGUUGGAGGAGGAUAUGGAGGGUCCUGCGCUCCCAGAGCAAACAGAGUUCCGUCGGCUCUUCGUGGCUGGGGCGGCGCGGCGCUGGUGCUUGGCAGUGACAAGCUUGGUGUUGGAGGCCUGUGUUGCGCUGGCCGACUCCGGCAACAUGGACAGCCUGGAGCAGCCUGGCCUUGCUCUCCGCAAGCAGGCGCUGGCUGUCGUCCAGUUUUCAGGAGCCGUUUUGGGCAGCUUGGGCACGUCCGCGGUCUGGUUCUCAAGCAGGGGACUCCGCGUUGUCGUGCUACUGAGUGGAGGAGUGGCAGCUCACGUCUGGCAAGUUCAGAUCUCACAGUUGCACUGUGAGGUGCACAUCGAGCGACGGUUCGUUGGCUGUCUGGCAGGCCUCUUCCUGGCAUGCUGUGCCACCAUUGCCGCCGUGGGCUUUCUCCUGGCGCUCGUAGAGGAGAGCCCCAAAGCAGGGGCCGGGUACUCCAACGCCCCCACAUCCCACCUCAUGGAGUGCGCAGACUCCACGGAUCUGCUGUUCUCGGACCUCUUCUCGGAUGGCACGGGCCUGGGCCCGCUGGAGCCGCUCUGGCGGCUCUUCACGGUGGAGGGUGCAUCUUGGACGCUUCUGACGGGGUGGGACCCCCGGGACCAUGCCUCCUCUUUGGGUUUCUCCGGCAUGCUCGAUGCCGUGGCCAGCCUCUUGGCCACGGCCCUCACCCUCUUCAACCAUGCCAUGGGCGCCCUGCUCCGCCUCCUGUGCCCCAGCCGGCGCAAGGCUGGCAAGGGCAAGGAUGGUAAGGAUGGCGAGAAGGCCAGCACAGCGCAUGAGAAGAUCCAGAUGACCUUCCUUCAGGAGGCCCAUGCCUACUUCGGCUACGUGCGCCUCUUCUGCCUCGGCCUCAUUCGCGAGUACAUUGUCCGUGCCUGCGCCUUUUUCCUGAAGGAUGAGAUUUGCGUGCGGUACAUGCAGCGGGAGAAGUGGAGCGUUGGCUGGACCGACUUUUACUUGCAGCACAUGUACAAGCUUUACGUGGAUUGCUUUGCGCGACCCAUCGCCUCUGCACCCGAUGCGGCUGUCGAUGUCGUGAUCCGGGAGCGCGCUGGUGGGGACUUAUUCGGCCCACUGAAUGACCUGAAGCUCACGUCGACCACUCGCAAGUGCGUGAACCUGUCGUCCUACAACUACCUGGGUUUUGGUGGCGUUGACGAGUUCUGCACCCCGGUCGCACGGAAGGCUGUCCGGGAGCUAGGCUGGUCCACCUCGGGGACGCGCACGGAAGGAGGUACCAAGGACAUCCACCGAGAGCUUGAAGAUGAAGUUGCGGCGUACCUGCAAAAGGAGGAUGCCUUGGUUCUUGGCAUGGGCUUCGCCACCAACUCCACCAUCCUCCCGGCCCUCUUCGAGGCCAACGCCAGCGGCAGUGGCAUCCUGGUCUUGAGUGACGAGCUGAACCACCGCUCGAUUGUGGAAGGCGUGCGCCUCUCCGGCGCAACCGUGCGAGCCUUUGCCCACAACGAGAUGAAAGCCUUGGAGGUUGAGCUGCAAAAGGCUGUGGAGAAGGGUCAGCCAGGCAGCGGAAAGCCGUGGCGCAAGGUCUUUGUCGUCGUGGAGGGUAUCUACUCCAUGGAAGGCGACUUCUGCCGCCUGCGCGAGAUUGUGACCUUGAAGAACAGGUAUGGAGCCUACCUCUACCUGGACGAAGCCCACUCCAUUGGUGCCGUUGGGGCGUCCGGCCGCGGUGUCACGGAGCUUCUGGGAGUUCCCACCUCGGAGGUGGACAUCAUGAUGGGAACCUUCACCAAGUCCUUCGGCAGCGCUGGCGGUUACGUCGCAUCUUCUAAGGAAGUCAUCGCUGCUCUUCGCCGGGGAGCCCCAGGAAGCGUGUUUGCCGGUGGCAUGGCGCCACCCUGUGCUGCCCAGGCGUUGCAGGCGCUCCGCGUCAUCUCCGGCAAGGAAGGUGGUGACACCGGUGCACGCAAGCUGGCGGCGAUCAGGGAGAAUGCCAACUUCUUCCGUGAGGAGCUGGGCCGCUGCGGCUUCAAGGUCCUAGGCGACGUGGACUCGCCGAUUGUGCCGGUGAUGCUGCACCACCCCUGGAAGAUGGGCGCCUUCUCCCGGCGUUGCCUUGACCGUGGCAUUGCAGUGGUCGUGGUCGGCAACCCUGCAGUGCCCAUCCUCUACGAGCGUGUUCGCUUCUGCAUCUCCGCGGCCCACACCAUCCCGCAGCUGGCUGAGGCCAUCACACAGAUCACAGCUGUGGGCCGUGAGCUCGGCGUCCUCUUCGAGCUGGCCACUUCCAAGCAGGAGUUGGAGGCCCGCACCGCCAAGGAUCAGCAGUACGCCGCUUGGCUCCGCACGGCCCCGCUGACCAGGCGCGUGGAGGCCACGCCCGCAAGCAGCUGGCAGCCCGAGGCGCUGUCACCGGCGGCGCCCGCCGAAGGGACUUUGCUGGCCUCCUUGCAGGAGGCCUGUGCCCAGCCCGAGAAGGCGGUGCCGACCGGCCAGGAGUUCCGGCUGAUGGACCCCCUUGGCUAUGCGGCCAAACCCCUAGAGGCAGCCUUCCAAGCCACAGAAGCCACGAUGGACACCUACGGCUUUGGGGCCUGUGGUCCUCGUGGCUUCUAUGGCGGUGCUCUGCCCCACCUGGAGCUGGAAAGCGUGCUCGCCAGACAUUUGGGCUGUGAGUCUGCCAUCGUCUACUCGGCCGGUGUGACGACUGUCUCCAGUGUCAUCCCUGCCUUGGUGCAAACAGGGGACAGGGUCAUCGUGGAUUCCGAGGUACACCUGGGAUUCCGAGCUGGCCUCCGACUCUGCAAGGCAGACGUGACUUGGGUUCCCCACAACGACCUGUUUGCCAUCGAGCGGGCGUUGGCACAGAAGUCGACAAGGAGCUUGGAGAAAGGCAAAGACUCCAAGGAGUCACGGCGAACCUUCAUCAUGGUUGAGGCCAUGAACCAACGCACCGGGCAGCUGGCACCACUGGAGGAACUCGUGCAGCUGAAAGAGAGGCAUGGAGCCCUCCUGAUUCUCGACGAGACCUUGUCCUUUGGCUGUUUGGGCGAAAACGGCCGGGGUCUCACCGAGCUCCGAUCGGUCCCGCCCUCAAAGGUGGAUGCGAUCUUGGGCUCGCUAGAGCAUGCUGCCGCCGGGGUAGGCGGCUUUUGUGCGGGCCGGAGGGGUCUCGUUGACCACCAAAGGCUGGCGGGAGCGGGCUACUGCUUCUCUGCGUCAUGCCCCCCGUCGGCAUGCUCCGCGGCAAUGGCUACGGUAGCAGACCUGGCCUCUGCAGAAGGCAGAGGUCGGCGUGAGCGAGUGAAGGCCGCUGCAGCAAAGCUGCACCUAUCUUUGGCCACACUUGCUCAGGAAGACUCUCGGGUAGAACUGCUGAGCAGUCCCGAAUCCUUUGUACAGCAACUUCGGUGGAAGGACUCUGACGAAGAGCAACAGCUGAUGCGCCUGAGCCGGGCCCUCGCCCAGGACGGGUUGCGAGUGCAGGUCUGCUCACCGAGCUUAUGCGGCUCGGAAGGAGCUUUUGACGCUCGGCUGAAGGCACCGGGCGUGGCCAGGCCUAGCCUGCGCUUCUGCUGCUCCGCGGAGCAUUCUGAGGAGGACAUCUCCAGACUAGGGGAUGUUCUGCGGAAGGCUUUGUCCCUUCUGAAGAUUCUCGGCUCUGACCGCCAGCGUGCCAAAGAGGCGUUGGAGACGCUCCUUGCCCAGGAACAGCUGCUGGAUGUGGGUUCCUCUGUGGGAGACCUGGAGGCGCGCCUGCGACUGUCUGCAUUGCAGGCAGCAGAGGAGGCGGACGGCAUCAUGGCCGAGCUGGCGGCCCUUUCCCCACGAGCUCAGCCACCUUGGCGUGCGCUUCUGGCAGGAGAGGUGUCCGCCCUCUUCCAGAGGACGCCUGAACUGGAGUUCAGUUUGCGCAGGGAUCUUCUGCCACUCAGCCUUGUUGGCAUGUCCUCUUGUAUUGCUGGGCCCUUAGAUGCAAAGGGCGCCUCGAACGUCCUCAGGUUCGCGCGGAAUGGCUUCGCCAUGCCUUUCCCUCUGCGUGAGGACUUCCUGGAUGUCGAGGAAGGGGAGUCCACACCCUUGCCCAUGGUUCAGUGGGAUGACUGGCAGAAGCUUCGCCGCGGGCCCUGUCUCGACCUGGAGGGUUUCUGGGAGCGAGAUAACGAUCUCAUCUGUCUACGUCAUGGAGCUGUGCAUUGGCUUGCUGUAGGAGGCCAGCCCCGAGAAGUGCGGCGCCAGAGCAACGGAAGGUACGCUAUAGGCCUCAGCGAUGGCACCUCCAGUCUUGCCUGGCUUGAAGAGGGCUGCCUCCGUUGGGACGAUGGAGACGUCUGGCAUCGGCCUGCAGAAUCGGCGCUGGAAGCAGUGACGCGCCGCUUGGAGCCCUGGCGCAUGUGCGCGCUGCUGCGCUCGCUCGCGGACGCACGCGACUUCAGCGCUUCGAUCCUGGGUAAUCGCUGCAAGGACCUGUGCAGGCAACCGCUGUCGGAGACCGGGCAGCUCGCAGAGGGCUACGCGCGGUUGUUAGAGCUGGUUCCAGUUGACAUUGUGCUGAGAGAUCGCUUUCAAAGAGCCGUAGUCGAGCUUCCUAAGCUCAUCGAACAGAGGAGGCGGAAGUACACUCCAGAGCUCAUCCGGCAGAACUUCCACGUUGUGUAUGUUGGGCAUAGCUGCCUGCACCUGCGAUCUACCGUGCUGCCGGAUGGCGAGCAUGCGGUCAUGGAAUUCCUGCAGCGCUGCACUCCGGUGGACUUGUUCCGGCAGCCUUUGUGCAAUGACAUCGCCCCGCUCCAUCCGGAAGAUCUGGCGGAGGACCUCUUCACCAUGCAGCCUGAUCGCCUGGCAAAGCUUUUGCCUCUGGCCCACUUCGAUGCAGUCGUGGUGAGGAACUGCCCUGCUAUGUUGACCACGCUUGCCCUUCAGAACUUUGCUUCCAUGCUCCGUGAUGGUGGCUUCCUGAUUGCCUUUCCAGCGCACCUCCUUGAGCACGCGGAAGUUCCGCAAUCCCUGAGCCUGUGCCACGUGGAGCCGGCCUGCGAGGCGCUGCUGGGCUGCGCCAGGGGUGGUGAGGGCUUCAGCCGCAAGGUCGUGGGGUGCUUCGGUGCGUUUGCCGGGAGCUUGGGAGACCUCCGUGCCUCGGAAGCCCGGCUGCCAGCCGGUGGCUUGCAAGCGCAAGCCUCCGAGAUCCGCUGUGAUGCCCAAGCCGUGUUAAAGCGGUGCAUCUACCAGCUUGCCGUUGGAAGCCUGGUGCGUGUCAAGCGGCCAGAUGCACGCAAGAAGCAUAGCUGCGCCCUGGCCGCAUCGCAUGGUCUGCAGGAUGACUGCAGCUACCUACUCAUCCACGGGUCACUUCGCCCAGCGACCGGUGUUGCGUAG